ACUUUUAUAAACUUUGUUUGUAUCUUUCAGCUACUACUCCGUGGUUUGAGGCUUACAGAGAGAGCUUUCUUCAGGUCAUGCCUGCAUCAGAUCAUGAAUUCCUAAACCACUAUGUAGCAUGUAUGCUUGUAGUUUCUUCUGGUGAGCCUGAACCUGUGGAGCAGUUUCUGAGGCUGUCACAAGAGCAGCAUAGAAUUCAGCACAGCAGUGAAUAUGCGUAUCCAAAAUGGUUUAUACCAAACACACUAAAAUAUUAUGUAUUGCUACAUGAUGUAAGUGCAGGAGAGGAACAAAGAGCUGACUCAGUAUAUGAAGAAAUGAAACAGAGAUAUGGAACUCAGGGUUGCUAUUUACUUAAAAUAAAUUCUCGAGGAUCUAACAGGGGAGCAGAUGAACAAAUACCAGAUCCUUGGAGUCAGUAUCUCCAGAAAAACAGUAUCCAAAACCAGGAAUCUUAUGAUGAUGGUCCAUAUACUGUAAUUUCAAAUAAGAAUGCUGACCACUUAAUAUCAGAUGGCUUAGAUAAUGACAUCCAAGUAGAUGGUUUAUCAAAUAACUUUAAGGCUCACCCUCUUCAACUGGAUCAUCUAAGUGAUACUAGUAGCAGUUUUGAUGGCACUGAUUACAUAAAGACUACUUCAUCACUGCAUGAAUCAAAGAAGACAAGUUCUGGGACUCCUCAUGGUGCGUGUUUAACGCUCACAGAUCAUGAUCGAAUCAGACAGUUCAUACAGGAGUUCACAUUUAGGGGGCUUUUGCCACAUAUAGAGAAAACAAUUCGACAGCUUAAUGAUCAGUUAAUAUCCAGGAAAGGUUUGAGUCGAUCACUAUUUUCUGCAACAAAAAAAUGGUUUAGUGGCAGUAAAGUUCCAGAGAAAAGCAUAAAUGAGCUGAAAAAUACAUCUGGCUUAUUGUAUCCCCCAGAAGCACCAGAGCUUCAAAUCAGGAAAAUGGCAGACUUGUGUUUCUUGGUCCAACACUAUGAACUGGCAUAUAGCUGCUAUCAUACAGCAAAGAAAGACUUUUUGAAUGAUCAAGCAAUGCUUUAUGCAGCUGGAGCACUGGAAAUGGCAGCAGUAUCAGCUUUUCUUCAGCCUGGGGCACCUAGACCGUACCCUGCUCAUUAUAUGGAUACAGCAAUUCAAACUUAUAGGGAUAUCUGCAAGAACAUGGUGCUGGCUGAGAGAUGUGUGCUGCUUAGUGCUGAAAUUUUAAAAAGCCAGAGCAAAUAUUCCGAUGCUGCUGCUCUUCUGAUACGAUUAACCAGUGAGGAUUCUGACCUUCGCAGUGCACUUCUGUUGGAGCAGGCUGCACAUUGUUUUAUAAACAUGAAAAGUCCUAUGGUUAGAAAGUUUGCCUUUCAUAUGAUAUUGGCUGGCCAUAGGUACAGCAAAGCAGGACAGAAGAAACAUGCCCUGCGUUGCUAUUGUCAAGCCAUGCAAGUUUACAAAGGGAAAGGUUGGUCUCUUGCAGAGGAUCAUAUUAACUUCACAAUUGGUCGUCAGUCUUUUACACUUCGUCAGCUUGAUAAUGCUGUGUCUGCCUUCCGGCAUAUUUUGAUCAAUGACAGCAAACAGCCUGCUGCUCAACAAGGGACCUUCCUCAGAGAAUACCUUUAUGUUUACAAGAAUGUAACUCAGCUAUCACCCGAUGGCCCUUUACCACAACUUCCUUUACCAUAUAUUAACAAUUCUGCAACACGAGUAUUCUUUGGACAUGAUCGACGACCAGCAGAAGGUGAAAAGCAGGCAGCCACACAUAUAAGUCUUGAUCAGGAAUAUGAUUGUGAAUCUUCUCACCAAUGGAAGGAGCUUGAAGAACAGGUUGUGGCUGUGGUUAACAAAGGAAUAAUACCAUCAAACUUUCAACCGACGCAGUAUUGUUUGAACAGCUAUUCAGAUAACUCCAAGUUUCCACUUGCUGUAGUAGAAGAACCAGUAACAGUGGAAGUAGCCUUUAGAAACCCAUUGAAGAUUCCACUUUUGUUGACUGACUUAUCAUUGCUUUGGAAAUUCCAACCUAAAGAUUUCAGUGCAAAGCAUAAUGGAGCAACAAAAGAGUUGGCAUGUGGAAAUGACAUGAUAGGAGCUGAAGUAAUAGCUGAGUUCUUAAUUAAUAGCGAAGAGACAAAAUUGGCAAGACUAAAGCUCUUUCCCCAUCAAACAGGGGAGCUACAUAUUCUGGGAGUCGUUUACAAUCUUGGCACUAUUCAGGGUACUGUGAUGAUAGAUGGGAUUGAUCCUUCUAUUGGAUUGCAAGCAGGAAAGUUUGUCUAUAAUGGGAUGUCUGUACGAGGACGACAGGACUUAGAAAUUCAGGGCCCUCGACUUAAUAAUACAAAAGAAGAAAAAACAUCCAUUAAAUAUGGCCCAGAUCGACGUUUGGAUCCUAUUAUAACUGAGGAAAUGCCCUUGUUGGAGGUAUUCUUUAUAAAUUUUCCUACAGGGCUCCUCUGUGGAGAAAUCAGAAAAGCAUAUGUAGAAUUUGUGAAUGUGAGCAAGUGUCCUCUUACUGCAUUGAAGGUUGUAUCAAAACAUCCAGAAUUUUUUACUUUUGGUGGAAAUACUGGUGUUCUAACACCACUGAGUCCAUCAGCUUCGGAGAACUGUAGUGCUUAUAAGACUGUUGUGACAGAUUCUACCUCUGUAUGCACAGCACUGAUGUCAUCAGCUUCUUCUGUAAACUUUGGGCUUGGCACAGGAAGUCAGCCAGAAGUGAUACACGUCCCACUUCCUGACUCUGUCCUCCUCCCUGGGGCUUCAAUCCAGCUGCCAAUGUGGUUACAUGGACCAGAUGAAGAAGGAGUUCAUGAAAUAAACUUUUUGUUUUACUAUGAAAGUAUUAAAAAACACUCAAAAAUGUGUCAUAGAGUAUUAAGACACACUGCAGUUAUUUGUACCAGCCGAUCUUUGAAUGUUCGAGCUACUGUCUGUAGAAGUAAUGCCCUUGAGGAUGAAGGCAAAGGGGACAAUAUGCUGGUGUUUGUGGAUGUGGAAAAUAUCAAUACUAGUGAAGCUGGUGUUAAAGAAUUUCAUAUAGUACAAGUAUCAAGUAACAGCAAACACUGGAAGUUACAGAAAGCUGUAAAUUGCUUUGAAGACAAAGAUUAUAAGCUUGCCAGUAGAGAGAGAGGAAAGCUAUGCUUUAAAGCAGUAAGAUGCAAAAACUCUGGAGAAAAUUACACAUUUGCAGAUGUUGUCUUUGGAAAUGAGCAGGCCUAUGUUGUGGAAGACAACAAGCAGCUUAUUUUAGAAGGCCAGCAUCAUAUUGUUCUUCAUACAGUAGGGAAAGAGGCUUUUUCCUUUCCUCAAAAGCAGGGUUUUAAAAAAAUACUCGGGAAUUCUGAUUGGGAGGACUUGGAACAGGAAUCACCAGAAAUGGUUCUCUUAAAGUUUUUUCGACCAGAAAACACUUCACUACCCACAAGACCAACACCAGAACAGCUUUCUAACCUUAUCAAGACUAGUCUUCAUUAUCCAGAGUCCUUUAAUCACUCAUUUCAUCAAAAAAGCCUUUGUUUAGUACCCGUCACUCUUCUACUUUCCAAUUGUUCUGAGGCUGAUGUUGAUGUAAUAAUUGACUUGCGGCAUAAAACAACAAGUCCAGAAGCACUAGAAAUCCAUGGUUCUUUUACGUGGCUUGGGCAAACACAGUACAAACUUCAGCUUAAAAGCCAGGAGGUCUACAACUUGCAGUUGAAAGCUUGCUUUGUUCGUACAGGAGUCUAUAAUCUUGGAACUCACAGAGUAUUUGCCAAGUUAGCCGACCAAGUUACUUUGUUUGAAACAAGUCAGCAGAACUCCAUGCCAGCACUGAUCAUCAUCAAUAACAUUUGACCACUUACUAAAAGAUCAUACCAAAAACCAAAAGAAUCUGAUUUUUCUUAUUCUGCGGAUUGACAUUUAUUCCAGUUCUGGAAUGUUACCCCAACAUCUAACUUGUUACAAACUAUUGUGUAGGAGACAAUAGCAAAAUAUUCAGACUACUUGCCAUUUGGUUUCUUAAUGCGAAGCACGUUGGACAGAAAAUGCAUAUAUCCUUUUUAAUGUCUCUUGCAUCUCUGGUAAUUUAUACUCAUAACACUGAAUUAAAAUACUCCUUAUAAAACUGUUCAAAUUAACUUGUGUAUCCCAGGCCCUGUUCAAAUAAUAAUAAUGCAACUUGACUGCUGUUACAACGUCCAGCAUGAUGUUUUAAAUAUAUUUUGUGGCUAUGUUAAAAGACAGGUCAGAAGACAACCCUUGUUGUCUUUUUCCCUGACUUAAGCCAUUAUUCGUCAGAAAUGCCAGCCUUACUGUGAAGUUUGAUAGGUUGUUAAAUACAAUUUAUGCUGGGGGGGUUUUUUGGUUGGGUUUUUUUUCCACUUUUCAGUUGUUAAAAUUAGUUUGGGGCUUUGUUAUUGUGUCCUCAUGUUCUGAUAGCCAGUAAUCCUUAUGGCUUACACACAAUUUCACCGAAGAUGUUCUGAAAAUAAUUUUGAAAUUAGUUUGAGUGUUUUCUCAUUCAUCUCAGUACAGAAUGCACUAUUCCACAACCAUGAGAUUGUCAUUCACUUUAUUAUGUAACUAUAACAAUUGAGUUCAUGUUUUAAAAAAAAUCUACUCAAGUUAAGCUUUUCAAGAAAUGUAUUAUAUUUAUAACAAAUGUACUGUAAAUAGAAUAAAACAUACACCAUAUUCACUGUA